AACGUGGCUGCCGCGCCCGCCGGCCCGUACCAACGCGGCCAUGGCCUGGCCCGCCGAGGCGGCCCGGGGUGUCCUGGGCUCCCUCCUGCGGGACUUCCCGUCCCCGCUGGGCCCGGAGGAUCCCCUGCCCUGGAGCGCGCAGGGCAGCGCCGCCCUCAGCAGGGCCGAGGCGCCGGGCGAGCUGGCGGAGCUGGCCAGGCGCUUCCUGGGCGGCAGGGAUGCACCGCCUCUUCUUGCAGCAUCUUUGAUCCACGCUGCAAUUGACGAGGUGCUACAGACUGAUCUUUCUGUUUUUAAGAAGCAGAGUGUGGAAGAGGAGGAAGAGGGAGACCAGGGGAAGUUCACCUUGCUGGAUGGAGGCUCUUUGCAGCGCUGUUUCUUUAAUAAGCUGCGAGACAUCUGCUGUGAAUGGCAGAAGCAACUGCCAUCCCUGAAGUCACUGAAGCGCUUCCUGCUUAUUUCCAGCCAUGCCAUCCGCAACGUCCGCCGGAAAAUGGAGGACAGACAUGUUUCUCUCCCAGAAUUCAAUCAGCUCUUCGGCUUGUCGGAUGAUGUUGAUCGAGCAUACUUUGCUGUAUUUGAUGGCCAUGGUGGAGUGGAUGCUGCCAAUUAUGCAGCAACUCAUUUGCACAUAAAUGUUGCAUUACACAAGGAGAUUCUUAAGAACCCAACUGAGGCCUUGAAAGGCUCUUUCCAGCAAACGGAUGAAAUGUUCCUUUUCAAAGCUGAAAGAGAGAAGCUGCGGAGUGGUACAACAGGUGUAUCUGCCUUAAUUGUAGGGAACAGGUUACACAUAGCCUGGGUUGGAGACUCCCAGGUAAUGUUGGUGCAGCAGGGAAAAGCUGUGACCCUGAUGGAACCUCACAAACCUGAAAGAGAAGAUGAGAGAAUGCGUAUAGAAGCCCUAGGUGGCUGUGUGACCUACAUGGACUGCUGGCGGGUCAAUGGAACCCUUGCUGUUUCCAGGGCUAUUGGUGAUAUAUAUCAGAAGCCCUAUAUCUCUGGAAAUGCAGAUGGUAAUUCAUUUGAGCUGACAGGUUCUGAAGAUUACUUGCUCCUGGCCUGCGAUGGAUUCUUUGAUGCCAUCAGACCAUAUGACGUGGUGGAUCUGGUCCUAGAUCACUUAAAGCAAAACAAAGGAGAUGGUCUCAAGGCAGCAGAGAGACUGGUGGCUGCAGCAAAGGAAAAUGGAUCCAGUGACAACAUCACUGUCUUGGUGGUCUUCUUAAGGGACCCCCGAGACAUCUUGGCAGACUGCUUGAGAGACCCUAAAAGCCUGAGAGCUGAUGAAGGUGCAGAGGAUUCACCCUUUAACUUUUUCAGCUCUGAGAUGAACAAUCAGAGCGACAGCCACAUAACGACAAAAUCUUAACUCUCAUAUGUUACACAAAAGAAAUUUUCUUUCCAUUGAAGAAGCAUCUAGUAGGAUGGGUAAAAUGUCAGGUAUAAGGUGACCAAAAUUCCACGAAGGAAAAUGUUAGAGCUCAUCUUACUAUAUUCAUUGUCCCCUCUUCCCCUGAAACAGCUGAGCAGGCUGGAAGACUUGUGCAGCUACUUCUUCCCUGGAUAUAGUUUUAAAGUGUUUGCCAGGUUGCCAGUUCAUGUCCCUCUGUCCUGGAGGUGGUAAGGAAUGUAUAAGCUAAUGGAGGAGAAUACUUAUUUGUAUUAUGCUUAUUUGGGUUCCGCUUUAAUUUUAAAAUAGUGCUUAAAAAAGGAAGCUAAUAUGCAGAUAGUUAAUUGUAAUGUUAUCUAUUUAGGGUGAGAGUGUGUGUGUGGGGGAAAGCCAUCAUCAAAGAAAAGCUUGUUACUGCACACUAUCUCUAUAAACAGGUUCAGUAUUCUAGAGGAUCAGGUGUCCAGGAGUGGGAUCUUGUGCUCUUCGUUAUAUACCCUCAGAGACCUCUCAACUUCAUCAUUUCGUACCAAAGACAAAAUUGUGAAAGAGGGUGAUGUAAUAUAAACCUCAUCCUUUUAAAGAGCCAUUUGACUUUUUGUAUUUAUGGGGAAAAUAGCAUGGAACACUUAAGGAGGGAAACUAGGAAUAUCCCAAACAGAAGCAGCAAUUUGUACUUAAUUACUUUCUGGCAUGGUCUGGUAAUUAUUUUAAUUGCCUGAUAUGGAAAGACUAACUUUAGAGUAAGGGUGAGUUAUUUCUGUGACACAAACACACUUUAUUAGCUCUUUGGUAACCUGAAAAGAGAGGACACUUGCUGACUGUGUUUGAAAGGGUCCAUGGAAAUUGUGUAUAUAUGCUCUGCCAAUUCAAUAGGCCCUGUACUUGCCACAUCCUUUUUUUAUGGUUUGCUAUAAACAAAGUGAAGUAUUUUAUUUUUCUCUUUUCAUAAAGUUUUUUGAGUAUUUACUGAAUGUUAUGGUUGUGGGAACUUUUUUUGCAGUUACUGUAUUUUGUUGUGGUUUUUUUAUUUAAAUAAUUAAGAUUUUUAAAAUGUACACUUUUGUUUGGCUUUAAAAACUGGCCACCUUCAAGUGCCUUAAAUGUUUCAGAAAAGGAUGGGAAAGGUUAGUUUUCUAUCAAAUUCAGGUGACCAUGUUCUAGUUAUGUUUUUAAAAUUUGAUUUAUUUAAUUAAUAUACAUAUUUUAAUGCACUUACAGCUCUUUCAUUUUUUUGUGAGUGACUGAGCGGGAACUGUGUUCCAAGAACAUUUUGUUUUUCGGUGUUGCCAAACUUUGUGUUGAUUGUGAGGCUCCUGAUAUUUGGUGUUUUCUUAAAGGUCCCAGGUAGCUGGCCUCAGGUUAUUUACCUGAGAAUCUUCGAUUUCAUUUUAAAAAAAAUUUCUAACCCUCAGUUUUGUAGAUGAAAACAAACCCUAUGUGCUCCAAUACCAUUGUGUACAUGUUCAAUAAAAAGAACCCCAAGUGUUUGUUUAAAACAAAAAAAAAAUGUUGGGCUUGCCUCAUGAUUGCUGGAUGUUUGGCAAUACUGCAUUUAUGAUAUAUAUUUAAUACAGUAACUUUCUGAGGAGGUGAGAAGUUGAGAUUAUAUUAGAGAACCAUGUGACUGGUAUAUAACAUGCCUGGGUGCAAGCACGCAGAAAGUGUGCAUAUAUCAUUGCAUUGCUUAGCAGGUAGUAGACCCAUGGCAGUCACGAUCAGUGCUGCUGGAGCCUCUAGUCUGAUUCUGUCACUGUUCCCAUCACCAGGACACUUUCUGUAGGAGCAGGAUCUGAGAGCUGUAUUGCAAAUUUAUUGUAUAACUUUUGUAUCUGAACAGGAAAAGCAACCCAUCAGGUGAUGGGUUGUAACAUCACUUUUGACUUUGGCACACUGUUGUCAUACAGCAAUCCUGUUGGUUAAAAUGCCCUGAAUAUUUUAAAUCAGAAAUGUUUUAAGGGGAGUAAACUUCUAUGGAAAAUUGAGAUUUGUCUUAGCUUGAUCAGAUAGCAGCCUUAAAAUAAUGAGGUGGGGCGAGGAGGCAGAGCAGCACUGAUUGUGCUCAUGCUAGGAUAAGCUGUCAGCUAACAUAAGAUAAUUCAGUUAUCCAAGUGAUUUCUUUGUCAGGUUACCCCCAAAAAAUUGUACAAUUCAACAUGGUAGCUCCAUGAGUAGGGGGUGGGGGAAUAUUCCACCACCUAGUAACUCUGACAAUGGCUCUGUUACUAUAUUUUGGAAAGGCAGUAACCUCUCCAUAGUUAAGGUUGUAACCAUUUUUCUGUUAUAAAGAGAAAUUUUGCUACCCUUCUAAAAUGCUUGGGAGAAGCUUUCUCUUACUGCAAGUGAGCUAGGUAUGUUGGUAGGUCAGAGGGAAUUUUUUGUGCCAAAUCUGGCUGUUCAGUUUUGGAGACUUCCCUGAUUAUAUGAAUAAUUCAGUGAAUCUUUGUCAUAUCCUACCUCUAGAAUGAUGCAACCUAGAAACUUUGGCUUAGAUUUGUUUGCAGGGGUUUUGGUGACCACUAGUGCAUUUUGGCAUCUUGAAGAGACCAGUCCCCAUAUUCAGAAAUAGAACAUUCUGUGUGUGUCUUAUGGACCUGUCAGUUUCACUGUUACUUUUGUCAAAACCAGGAUAGCUUAUAGAGGUGGUGUAAGAUUUGGAAGAUUCAUAAAGUUGCUAUUUUGUUUCAGAACUCGGACAGCAUUUCAAAGAUAUGGAGGGAAGCAGGCAGACUUUAAAAGCCAAGCCCUUUGUCCUGCCUUUCUGUUAUAAUCUUCUGCACGGUAACUGCCAAAAUUAAAUAAAUCCACCUGAAACUUCUGACAGAGGCUCCUUGCCAGGAGAGGAUAUCUUAGCCAACUAUCAAGUGACUAAGACAUGAUAUUUUUCAAAUAUGAGAGCUAAAAUGAGACUUCACCUUAAAGCAGAAACUAACGAAUGGUUUAGACUAGAAGAAUCCAUAGUUAGUGGGAAAUAUGGAUACUUUGAUUUGUAGUUAUUUGCUAUGGAUAUUUUUUUUAAUCUUCAUGGACUAAUGGAGAAUUGCUGGGUGAAAUCCUGACUCUACUGAAACCAAUGACAAAACUCUGAUUGAUUUCAGUGGGGCUAGAAUGUUCUAUUGAAUGACCCUCUAUUCUUCACAGAGGAUCAUACAGGCUUUCAAAGGUCAGCAGCUCCUACAGAUCUAAGCAGAACCAGUCAGGUUAAAAAGUCAGCAGAUGUUAUGUACGUAGACAAGUAUAUUAUGACUAUCACUGUUGUCAUCAAAGUGCAACCUGCUGUACACAGUACUUGCAAAUGCGAAUGGCUAGCCAACUACAAAAGCAGUUUCUCCUCCCUUGGUGUUCACACCUCAACUGCUAGAAGAGGGCCUCAUCCUCCCUAAUUGAACUAACCUAGUUAUCUC